GACGGGUGGGUGGGCUGCGGAAGUGCUCCACAGCCUUUGAUUGUUUUAUACGUCUAUUCUUGGCCUUGUUCUGUCGUCCAUAGCUUCUUCUGAACCUGUUCUGAGACACAGAUUCUUCACCGCUUGUAAGGUGAGCAGUUCAUAUAACUGCUGAAGGCUUGAAACUUGAAUAAAUUUCUGCUUUAUUUUCCUCCCUAUCUGCCCCCUCUUUUCCUUAGUUUCUUGAAAAGAAUCAGGGAAUGCGGAAAGAUGUGCUUGAAGAUCGAAAAUUCAUUCUCUGAGGUUGGCAAGGUUGUAGCUUCUUUUCGGCUUCCAUUGUUAUCCAACCUUGAUGAGAUUGAGCAUUUAACUUACAGAACAUUUCUGUUAUGUUCUCAAAUGCCUUGUGUGGGUAGAAAUACAAGAGCUCAUGUUAUGUCAAAACAUCAUGUAUGCGAAGAUGGUUGAUCUUCUGUGUUCUUGAGAUCCAUCCGUAUGCCCAUAGAUACGUUUACCGUAUAAUAUAGUUGUAGCUGGUAACAGUUCCGUUGCGUUGUGCGCAUAAGAUUUCUGCUUGGAAGUUGGAAUGGAUAACCAAGGAACUGUAUUGAUGCAAAGGUAUGAGAUAGGGAGAUUGUUGGGCCAAGGAACCUUUGCAAAGGUCUAUCAUGCAAGGAACCUUAAAAACAACAUGAGUGUGGCCAUCAAGAUGAUAGACAAAGAGAAGGUUUUGAGGGUUGGAAUGAUUGAUCAAAUUAAGAGAGAGAUUUCGGUCAUGAGGCUGGUUAGACAUCCGAAUGUGGUGGAAUUGUAUGAGGUAAUGGCCACCAAGACCAAGAUUUACUUUGUCAUGGAAUAUGUUAAAGGUGGUGAACUCUUCAACAAGGUAGCCAAGGGAAAGCUCAAUGAGGAUGUUGCAAGAAAAUACUUUCAACAGCUUAUCAGUGCGGUCGAUUACUGCCACAGUAGAGGUGUGUGUCACCGUGACCUCAAACCGGAAAACCUCCUUUUGGACGAGUACGGGAAUCUAAAGGUUUCGGAUUUUGGAUUGAGUGCCCUUGCUGAAUCUAAGCGUCAAGACGGGUUACUCCAUACUACCUGUGGAACUCCUGCCUAUGUUGCUCCGGAAGUAAUAAACAGAAAAGGAUAUGAUGGCUCUAAAGCUGAUAUUUGGUCAUGUGGUGUAAUCUUGUAUGUUCUUUUGGCUGGCUAUCUCCCAUUCCAUGAUUCAAAUUUGAUGGAGAUGUAUAGGAAGAUUGGUAAAGCGGAAUUUAAAUUCCCCAACUGGUUUGCACCAGAGGUACGCAAGCUUCUGACAAAGAUCUUGGAUCCGAACCUGAAUACAAGGAUCUCCAUAGCCAAAAUAAUGGAAAAACCUUGGUUCCGGAAGGGAUUGGACUCUAAACCAACAAUUACUGGCAAAGAACAUGAACCAGGUCCUCAUGAAUGUGAUGCAGUUUCUAAUGAUAGCAGCAAUGCUGUCGUGGAGUCCAAGCCAGAGCCAGCGAAACCGUGCAACUUAAAUGCUUUCGAUAUCAUCUCCUUUUCUGCAGGGUUCGACCUGUCUGGUUUAUUUGAGGAGAGGGAAAAGAAGAAAGAAGCGAGAUUUACAUCGAACAAGCCUGCAUCAACCAUCAUCUCUAAGCUGGAAGACAUUGCUAGGUGCCUGAAGCUGAAAAUUAAGAAGAAUGAUGCAGGAUUGUUGAAAAUAGAAGGCUCCAAAGAAGGAAGGAAAGGUGUAUUGGGCAUUGAUACUGAAGUCUUUGAGAUAACUCCUUGUUUUCAUUUGGUGGAGAUAAAGAAGACUAGUGGAGAUACACUGGAGUAUCAGAAGGUAUUGAAGGAAGACAUAAGACCAGCUCUCAAAGACAUUGUCUGGGCUUGGCAAGGGGAACAGCAACAACAGCCUCUACAAGAAAGGCAGGAAGAGUUACAGCCUUCUCAUGUGCUCCCAGUGCAUGAUAGUGCUCCUCAGGACUCAAUUUAGCAGUAGUGUGGUUAAUUGUAAUGUUUUGGUUCUCUUUUGGGUAUUGUUUUAUAAUGACAAGCAAUUAUUCCACAGGAAUGUUAUGGUGUUUGGCAUUUGUUUUCUUUA